CUGCCGUUAAAAUGGGGGCGGGUUUUUCAACUCAAAAAGCGCUCAAUUUUUUUUCUUUUCAAAAAAAGCUGAUGAGGUCGGAAAAAAGGGAUAAGAAACCGGCACAGUCCCUUCAGAGGCAACCGUAGCAGCAGUUGCUUCAGCGGAAAAAGAAGCAAAGGAGGGAGGGAAGGGAAAGAUCCUAAAGGAAAGACGCGCAAGUGUCUGUAGCGGAGAAGGGAGCAGCGAUCAGAGAUUUGGGGGAGUCGGACUACAAAAGAAACUGUCAGCUGCGGCUCGCGACCGGCCGGCGCAGCCUGCGUCGGCUCCGGGACCCAAAUGGCUGGCAGCCGCUGUCCUGUCCGCGGCACAGAUAGGGGCACAGGCCGGAGGACCGCCAAGAACUAACUGGCCAAGUGGCACCGAGCGCCCGAGCUGCUGGGUGGCGGCCAAGAAGUCGGCGGGACUGGCUGCGCCCGGGAUCUGUGGCGACCGCUCCUACUUCCAAAGACCCUUCCCAUCACCGGACGCCCCGGGAAAAUCUGAAAGGGAGGGAACGACCGCGGCAGAGGCGACGGCCGCCCCUCAGCGAGCGCUUGCAGUGGAGAGGAGAGCCUGAGCUAGCUCGGUCGUAGGCGGGAAGUUACUGGUGAGCUGGCCGGGUGCAAGAGCGAUGCUACCGCGAGCUACCCCAGCGGCUGGAGCUCCAUAGACGCUUCCCCCUUCGCCGUGCACCAUCUUCAGGCUGCCGGGAGUCCCGGGACCCGGCGGGGUCGGCAUGACGGGCUUGGCGGGGGUCUGCCGCACACCCACCAGCCUCCGGAGACCCGCGCCCUGCCCGGCUCCCACGGCCUCUGAGGCUCGGCGGGGCUGCGGCAGCCCGGCGGGCGGGCUCCGGAGGCUCUUCUGAAGACGCCGAGCCCGCUGGGGAGUCGUUGAGACCUGAGAGUCGAGGGCUUCAGAGCUGCUGCUCUGGUCUGCCCUCAGCGAUCGUCUUUAACCCUCCCGAGCACGUCAGCAUCCAGCCAGCGCGGCGCUCUGCUAGCAAGCGAGCAGCACUCUGGACUACCCCCAUCGGCUAGACGGAUGGAAAGUGAGCUCUGCGGAGGACCUGACUCUGAAAUUCUGCCUCAAGUCACCACUGUGAACAAGGGACCCUAAAGAAUGGCCGAGCCUUGGGGGAACGAGUUGGCGUCCGCAGCUGCCAGGGGGGACCUAGAGCAACUUACUAGUUUGUUGCAAAAUAAUGUAAACGUCAACGCUCAAAAUGGAUUUGGGAGAACUGCGCUGCAGGCAGCAAGUCCAGAUGCUGACAGGUUUGCUACUGAGAAGUCAAGAGAUGAGGGCCGCCUCACAGAGCAGAAGCCACUUCUGUGUGCAGAAAAAGACAGCACAGAGUGUUUGACAAAUAGGGUUAUGAAACUUGGAAAUCCGGAGAUUGCCAGGAGGCUUCUCCUCAGAGGUGCUAAUCCCAAUUUGAAAGAUGGAACUGGUUUUGCUGUCAUUCACGAUGCUGCCAGAGCAGGUUUCCUGGACACUGUACAGGCUUUGCUGGAGUUCCAGGCUGAUGUUAACAUUGAAGAUAAUGAAGGGAACCUGCCCUUGCACUUGGCUGCCAAAGAAGGCCACCUCCCUGUGGUGGAGUUCCUUAUGAAGCACACAGCCUGCAAUGUGGGGCAUCGGAACCAUAAGGGGGACACCGCCUUCGACUUGGCCAGGUUCUAUGGAAGAAAUGAGGUCAUUAGCCUGAUGGAGGCAAAUGGGGUUGGGGGAGCCACAAGCCUGCAGUGAAUGUGUAGAGGUCUCUCUCACUGCCCUCACAUUGUCCGUUAGUUGGUUGGCUGUCCUGUUUUACUAUCACUUAUUAAAAUAUAGGGUUUCCUUUUGCUUUGUUUUCAUAUUUUAAGCAGCUAGCCAAAUCCUUCAAAACUGCCUAAGUGAAAAUCUUACUACAAGUUUAUGAAAUAUUUAAACUUCUUUUUCACUGUCAAAAUUCUGAUUUCUAACAUGUAAUAGCUAUUCCUUUUUUUCUGGAUAUUUUAUCUUUGAUUUUUUUUUCUUUGCUUACCCUUUUUCAUUCUCAGUGUCUGACUUGGAGACUUUGUUUUAAAAAUGAUUUGUCCUGAUGCAUCUUUUGCCUAAUUAAAACACAUUUUUCCAGAAGAGGA